GCGCGCAGAUUACAGAUACGCAGGGCGUUAAUAGAGUUUGAAGGGAUUUACACACGCUGUCCAGUCCAAUGCUGCGCGUUUUGGGGAUGACAUCAUUUGGAUCGCCUCACAUACCGGCUGAUCUCCUCCCUCCUCCAUCAAAGCCUUCACCUGCGCCUGUUUGACCGGACCGAAACGCUCGCACUCAUGUCCUUUCUGAUAGGAGCGCGCCAGCUCUGUCUUUCCAUCGCGUCUCCAUCAGCUCCACGCCCCUCUCCUCCUCCUCCUCGUCCUCUCCUCCUCCUCUUUCUCUCCUGUUUACCGUAGGUAAGAUUUGGCCUAUAAAUUCGUAGAGUCCGCAGAUCGCAGAGGAGAAUGGGGAAAGAGGAGGUGUAGGAGCAGAGAAGACAAGCCAAAUAGACGCGUAAAUACGCGCAGGGGGAACGCGGCUGUUUACGCGAGGAGAGGAUCAGAGAAGGAGGAGGAGGAGGUGAGGAGGAGGGGAAGGGGGGCGUGAAUAAAACCCAGAAUAGCGGAAAACUGGUUGUUUUUCCCUCAACUGCAGUGGAUGAAUUUGGCAGCGAUGGACGCCAGCUCUCAGCGCUGAGGGCUCCCAUUUUAUUGCACGUUCUGAUGCCUGACGCCCCUCAUGGCGCUCAUUCAUGAACCCAGAGCCCCUUCACCUUCUCUCUCCAACUUCAACACUCCCCUCUCUGACCCCCUGUCCUUCCGCCGGUUCGAUGCCGAAACACCCUGCACACCGGAAAUGGACCUCACCCCUACCCAGUGUGUCCUUCGUAACGUCCUGUCCAUAGACACCGGUGGUGCUGUCGAACCAAGGGGUGGAGGAGGUGGCAGAGGAGAGGGAAGGCACAGCCAGACGCCGAGCGAGGAACAACAGGAGCACUUUGCCAACAGUGUUCUGAAGCUCCAUGAGCACGACGGGGGUCCUGGAAAGACUGAGGGCGAGGGACAGGAGCUGGACAGCAUGGCUGUCCGCAGCCAGGCGGAUAACGCCAGGAUCCAGUGCCAGUCAAACGGAGGGGGAGGAGGCUUUUUGGAGGGGUUGUUUGGGUGUCUGAGGCCUGUCUGGACCAUGAUUGGCAAAGCUUACUCCACCGAGCACAAACAUGACCUGGAUGAAGCAUGGGAGGUCCCAUUUGAAGAGAUAUCAGACCUGCAGUGGGUGGGCAGCGGAGCCCAGGGUGCCGUGUUCCUCGGCAAACUGCAUGGCCAGGAAGUCGCUGUGAAGAAAGUGCGGAACAUCAAAGAGACAGACAUCAAGCACCUGCGCAAACUCAAACACCCCAACAUCAUCACAUUCAAGGGUAUCUGUACCCAAGCACCCUGUUACUGUAUCAUCAUGGAGUACUGCGCUCAGGGGCAGCUGUACGAGGUGCUGAGAGCAGGUAGAAAGAUCACCCCAUCCCUGCUCAUGGACUGGGCUAUGGGCAUCGCUGGAGGCAUGAACUAUCUUCACCUCCACAAGAUCAUCCACCGAGACCUCAAAUCACCCAACAUGCUGAUCACCUAUGAUGAUGCAGUGAAGAUAUCUGAUUUCGGGACAUCGAAAGAGCUCAGUGACAAGAGCACCAAGAUGUCCUUCGCCGGGACGGUGGCCUGGAUGGCUCCUGAAGUGAUCCGCAACGAGCCUGUGUCAGAGAAGGUUGAUAUUUGGUCAUUUGGCGUGGUGCUGUGGGAGAUGUUGACAGGAGAGGUACCCUAUAAGGAUGUGGACUCCUCAGCUAUCAUCUGGGGAGUGGGCAAUAACAGCUUGCAGCUGCCGGUGCCUGAUAGCUGCCCAGACAGCUUCAAAUUGCUCCUGAGGCAGUGCUGGAACAGCAAACCAAGAAAUCGACCUUCAUUCCGACAGAUUCUCCUGCAUUUGGACAUCGCCUCUGCAGACAUCUUAUCAACGCCACAAGAAACAUACUUCCAGUCACAGGCUGAGUGGAGGGACGAAGUGAGGCACCACUUUGAGAAGAUUAAAUCAGAGGGGACGUGUCUUCACAGGCUGGACGAGGAGCUGAUCAAACGACGCAGAGAAGAACUCAGACAUGCACUGGACAUUCGGGAGCACUAUGAGAGAAAACUGGAGCGAGCCAACAAUCUCUACAUGGAGCUGAAUGCCAUCAUGCUGCAACUGGAGAUCAAAGAGAAGGAGCUGCUCAAGAGAGAGCAGUCACUGGACAAAAAGUACCCAGGAUGCUUCAAACACCACAGUUCCAGACAGUCGACCUCCUCCAACUCGAUGGAGAAACUCAUGAAGAAACGCAACGUGCCUCAGAAACUUCUGUCACACAGCAAGAGGCCAGACUUGCUAAAGUCAGAAGUCAUCCUUCCUAAACUGGACUCAUCCGUGACCCAGGUCACGAUCCCCAACAAGGGUUCUACCUCCCCGGGACGCUCACGCAGAGGAAAGCCCCGCUACAGGAAAGCUGGCAAAGGCAGCAGUGGAGAUUUGGCUCAGCUGAAAGCCACACUCUCCUCUUCUUUAGCCAUGGUCAACACCACUUCCUCUGUUCCCAGCAGCAAGCAGCAUCUGGACCCCAGUGCGGCUCUCAGGGGGUUGCAGCAUGACCUGCUGCUGAAGAAGAUGUCCUCCUCCAGCCCUGAUCUUAUUUCAACAACCUUGGAGGCUGAAGGCCGGAAGAAGGGAGAGGUCAGGGCAGGAAUGGACAGAGCGGGCAGUCAAAGUGCCUCAGCUGGGCUGGGGGACGGCAGUAGGCCAGGAGAGUCGGAGGAGGCAUCGAUCGUGGGCGUGGUGGCUGAUGACCUCAUGGAAACUCCCCCGCGCAGCGACACGCCUAGCGAAGAUGCAGCAUCUAUUCCAUUCUCCAGCAGCCCUGACUCCCCGUGUGGCCGGGGAGCAGCUGCAGGGAGAGUGUCUGUGCUCGGGAACCAACGUGUCCCCCAUGAGGGCGAGGAGAAAGACGAGGGGACUGUGGUCACACGCUCACCCAGGAGUCAACGCCUCACACCUUCAGCUCUACUGUACCGGGCAGCUGUCACACGCAGUCAGAGACGUGGAGUCUCAUCAGAAGAAGAAGAAGGAGAAGUGGACAGCGAAGUGGAGUUGCCAAGGAGACGGCGUCCUGUAAGCAUGACCAAGUGCCAGUCACUGUCGACCUUCAGCUCAGAGAACUUAUCAGUGUCAGACGGUGAGGAAGGAAACACCACUGACCACUCCCACAGUGGCACGCCUGAUGUGGUCAGCACCAACACCGAUGAGCGUCUGGACGACAAGAGUGAUGACCUACUGUCUCAGGGCUCAGAGAUUCCUGCAGACCCAUCUGACCCAACCCAGCUGGGUUCUGAUGGGUUAUCAGAGAAGGAAGCUGUUCUUAGACAAGUCAAGACCCAGCUCACUACAAAUGACCUUAAUUAUGAGGGCCUGUACGAUGACUCCGACUGUGACAGUACUGAGCUGGAUCAUUCAGGAAGUGCAGAACCCAGUCAACCUGCAAACAACUGGUGAAAAGUCAACAUCUAUACAUGACAACUGCAGACAGAUUUGGCUUUGAAACAGACCUCCCAACCCCAACGCAGAGCCAAGAACACACUCCUGGUACAGAGGCAGGAAAUGACGUACAACCUAAGCAGGAGAAAAAUAUAAAGAAAGCUGAAGAAAAAAAACUGAACAUUUUCCUUUUGUUAAAAAACAACAACAAAAAACCAUUAGAAUGAAACUGAACUGGGACAAUGUGUCAUCCAUUUUCCUGUAAUGGGUGGCUUCACACAUUUAUCACGUGAGGCUACCCACAGAUGGCUCUGCGCUUCCAUGUGGAUUUGUAUUUUUAAUCUCCCACAUGGAGGCGGUCAUUUCACACAGUGUCAUUUCUGCAAAAUGUGUUUUGAUAAAAUUAUAUCAUGGCAUCUGUGGUUUAAAUUAUGAAUCUUUUUAAGACAACCAUUGAUAUUGCUUGCACUUAAUUUCCCAAAUCCUCGACAUUAUGCACUAUUUAUUUUUAUUUUUUUUACUGUGAAUUAUUUUGGUAUCUUAAAAACAAUCUUUGCAUUCUUUGUGUCAUUUAGUUUCCAUUGUUUUUAAAUUUACGUGUCAUGGACUGAGCUGCCGUUUUCUACUUCUGUUUUUAUAUCACUGUAAAUGUGUUGUAAAAUGAACAAAUUUUUAAUAUGUGAGAUUGUAUAAUUUAAUGGUGCUGAUCUUUCUAACUAGGUGGUCCUAUUCCAAGCCCGAACAAGCUUAUGGUAGUCGAUUGUACUGUAGCUGCUGUUUUAAUUGUGAGCAUCAGAACAGAGGUAAAAACUAAGCACCAAUUCUGUACAUCCUGCCAGGUUAAAAA